AUGCCAUCCCGCAAUAACCCGUUGGUGGUCGUCAUCGGAUGCACCGGGACCGGAAAGAGCGACCUAGGCGUGGCGAUUGCCAAGAAGUUCAACGGCGAGGUCAUCAGCUGCGAUAGUUUACAGAUUUAUAAAGGAAUGGAUAUCGCGACCAACAAGAUUACCCCGGAAGAAGCCCAAGGAGUUGCUCAUCACUGUAUGUCGUUUGUUGAUCCGGUGUCUUCCUCAUCUUUCACCUCCCCACAAUUCACGGUCCACGACUUUCGCGAAAUGGCGGUCAACAAAAUCAACGAGCUGCACAAAUGUGGAAAGUUGGUGGGACGACCUACUACGCCGAAGCCGUUUUAUUUGAAAACAAUC